CUACAAAUAAAGUUGAGAAAAAAAACGAACAGCAGAGGGUGCAGCUAUCGAGCGGAUGGAGUUCCUACCCGGACGUUUAUUCUAGUUACACACUGAAACAUGGCGGCCAACAUAGAACAAAUUUUCCAGGAUUUUAUUCUAAACAAGAUUCGCGAGAUAGAGGAACAGAAGGGUGAUAAAAGCAGUGAGGCAACAGGCGCGGACUGUGAAGAUAAAGUUAGUGAUGCGGCAAAGAGAAGUCCUCCGAGCGCCCAGGAUCAGGACCCCAGCAAGUCCCAAAAGAAGCAGAAGAAGCACAAAAAGCACAAGAGCAAGAAGAAGAGGAAGAACCAUGAGAAGGAGAGCAGUUCUGAAUCUGGAGCCGACAUGGAGGGACAAGAGCCGAGAAAAGAGACACCAGCUCCAGAGAUGAAGGAGCAAGGUGACAAGAAGUCCAGCUCCAACAGAGAGCACUCAUCAGGAAAGAAGAAGAGAAAGAAGAAAAAGAAGAGAAGGAGAAGUGAAGAGAACACGUCCGAUUCGGACUCGGAAGUCACAUCGAAGCAGAAGCUCAAUGAAUGCUUGCGACCUCGACAGGAACAGCUCCCAGAUAUCAUCCCCAAACAGGACAGCUCCAAUAAAGGGACUGGAAAUGAAAUGAGAGCUGGGAGCAGGAGCCCGUGUCCGCCAUCACAUUCCAAUUCUGAGUCCCAUUCCUCCUCAGUGAAGAGCAACCCCGCCUCAUUGCUGGGACUCCACUGCCAAAGGUCACAGACUCAAUCACCGUCUCCUUCACAGUGCCACCAACGCGAAAGCAGCCCGUCUGAGACGACAGGACAUUUGUGUGAAUCCGUGCUCAAUCCCCAGUGUCCUUCAGAGAGGCCUCAGUCGCCAGUGAAGAACCUCAGUUCUGCACAUAGACCCCUGCUGGUAGAAGAGAGAGCUGAACCAAAAACAGCGGAGCCAGGGGAGAAUCGAGACAAAACUGAAAAACAAGGUUCUGGUUCAUCUGCCCACAAGCCACCCACACCCUCUGAGCCCAAACAAGCCCCGAAGUCCACCGCCCCUCAUCAGAAAGCUUCAGAAAAGCCCAGGUCUCAUGACAAGUCACCAGCUAGGAGGAAAAGAAAGCAGUCCCAGUCCCCAGGCAGAGACAGAGACAGGAAGUCAUCAAAGAAGAGAAAAAGAUCCAAGUCCCACAGCAGGAGCUACAGGAGAAGAUCCAGAUCCAGGAGCCGCUCAGGGAGGAAGAGGUCACGCUCCAGGUCGGUCCACCGGCGCUCCCGGAGGUCCCGGUCACGGUCUGCAUCACGCAACCGCAGGAGGCUAACCUACAGCCAGAGGGACCGCUGGAAACGUGAACCGAGCCACUCCCCUGUCCUCAUCCUGCGCAAAAAAAGAUCGCCCACAAGAAAGGACCGGAGCAGGAGUACCAGCCCAAAACGCAUCAGUGAACUGGAUAAGGAGCAGUUGUUGGAAAUAGCCAAGGCCAAUGCUGCUGCCAUGUGUGUGAAAGCUGGGAUGCCCGUCCCUGCCAGCCUUAGGACUACAGUGCUUCCUCUGGCCCUACCAAACAUGGCCAUGAAUGCAGCGAUGGCUAGCAUGACUGCUGCUUCUGUGACUGCAGCUCUGUCUAACAUGGGGACUCUGUCUUCGCUGCUCACACUGCCCUCCGUCGGUAACAAGCCGUCUUUCCUCGGCAUCCAGUCCAACUCAGCCGCUCUGGAAGAAGUGAAAAAGAAAGUGGCGAAGCAGGCCAACAGCAUUAGCAUUAAGGAAUUUACUGAUAAAUGCAAGAUGAUUGCAGACAGCACUGGAGAGCUGCCGGUGGCACUACCUCAUGUUUCCGAUGAAGAAGAUGAUGGCAAACUCUUUGGAGGAUCAACCAUUCGAGAGCAAAAAGUUAUCAACUUCAACAUUAAUAACACAACAGUUCGUCCAACAUCGCGUAGUGAUGCAGAAAUGGCCAAGGAGUUUCCUGUGUCUUCAGGGUCACAACAUCGUAAGAAGGAGGGAGAAGGAGUGGUUGCCUAUGGAGAGUGGGUUCCAGUUGAGAAAACAGCUGACAAAUCUACAUCUACGGGCAAGAAGUCUGUGUCAAACGCUCCCUCAGCUACAUCCAUUUUACUGUCAGGCGAGGCUUCAGAUUCAGGGUUACCCGACGUCAUUGAGCAGCAGGCGGCACCUGUACCCGACAACGACAGUGUUUUCCCUGAAAUACGGCAGCAGAAUGUGGAUAUCACCCAGGCAGUGACAGAGAGAAUCAAAGCUCAGAGGCGAUUGGCUGAGAACCCCUAUGACAUCAGUGCCAUUUGUAUGCUCAGCCGCGCUCAAGAGCAGGUGGAUGCAUGGGCUCAGUCCAGUAACGUUCCUGGUCUCUUUACUGGUUCUACUGGAGCCCAGGUUCUCAGCUCAGAGGAGCUGUCUACCAGCGGACCACAAGCAUGGCUAAAGAAGGACCAGUUCCUCAGGGCGGCUCCGGUGUCGGGCGGUGUUGGGGAGUUCCUCAUGAGGAAGAUGGGCUGGAGAACGGGCGAGGGCUUAGGGAGGAACCGCGAGGGGACGGUGGAACCAAUCGUCAUUGACUUCAAGGUGGACAGAAAAGGUCUUGUUGCUGAGGGAGAAAAGCCACAGAAGCAAACAGGAGGACUUGUUGUAACCAAGGACCUAAUGGGGAAGCACCCGGUUUCUGCUCUCAUUGAGUUGUGCAACAAGAAGCGGAUCACACAGCCAGAAUUUGUCAUGGUUCACCACAGCGGACCAGACCACCGCAAGAGUUUCCUUUUCAAGGUCACUGUGGACGGGGUGGACUAUCAGCCGCAAACUGCCAGUCCCAAUAAGAAACACGCCAAGGCCAUGGCAGCCACCGUCGCCCUGCAGGCUCUCGGAGAGGUUCCUGCAGAUGGACCUGGACUCUACACCGGCCCUGUCUUCACUGCUGCCUCCACCGGCCCUCUGUUCUCCACAUAGACAUUCACACAGAGCUUUUAUUUUCCUACUGCAAACAUUUCAGUUUGUGACAGUCAGUCAGGAAGGCACAGGACGUAUUCCAGCUAAAACAGCUUCCUGCUUUUGUUCAGGAUGCCUCAUUGUCAUGGCAGACCCGGUGCACAACAUGGAACCGAGCCAGUCAGUAAAUCCACUUGUAGUGUUUCUUUCUGGUACCUAAAUAUUCUGUUGUUCACCGUUGUAGCUGGUAGAUAGUAAGAUCUCAGCUGCCAUCUAGGUGGUUAUAAACCCCUUCUAACAUACUCGGACGUAUUACACAGAGAUUGUAUAAAAUAUGCAUGGGUGUACCUUUGUAAGUUAUGUAAAUAUGUAUAGUGAGUGUAAUGUAUAGCAUCUGUUUUAAUCUUUUAUUAGUUGAAACUAAGUAAAGACUUCUAGCAGUAAAUGGCAAGCCUUGGUUCUGUUUGUCCUCUUGUAGUUUUCCUUCUGACUAAAUGUUUCACACAAGGCUGUUCAGGUUGGAAUAAAGCCUUGUAACAUAUGCAAACUGAAAUAAAGAUUUUAUUUAUGUAA